CGUAGAGGAGAGAGAAUAUAAUGUGUCAGGAUUUUGUUACCAGGAAGUGGGUCGAGUUAUUUAUAUUUCAACACUCGUCCUCUCGUACCCGAGGGAGAACCGGUGAUAGUAACUUGAAACUAUAUAUUCAAACAUUGUCCGGUUCUGGAUGCAUCGAACUGAUAGAGAACAAUUGGCUUCACGUUUAGGAAAACCGACGACCAGAAGAAAAUAUCUGUAAAUGUAAAUAAUGUAAAGGCUGUGUGGAAGGGUACAGUGACCUGAGAGAGAGUCAACAUUGGCAAGGUGUUGGGAUGAAGCUCCAUGAGAAGAUUUUGACUCAUUACCUGUCAUGCACCUCUCCAGUAGAUAAAGAGGGAUAUCUCUACAAAAAGAAAGAGCGAAAUGCCACCUACCAGCGGCGGUGGUUUGUCCUGAAGGCAAACCUGCUGUUCUACCAGGAGCGCCCAGCUGACAGACACCUGCUGGGUGUCAUCGUGCUGGAGGGCUGUGCAGUCCGGCGCUCGGAGACUGAUGGACAGUUUGCCUUUUCUCUGGCGUUUGAAGGGCCUGGAAUGAAAACCUACAGAUUUGCAGCAGGGGAUCGUCAGACUCAAGAGAGCUGGGUGAAAGCUUUGCUGUCAGCCAGCCACUGUUACCUCUCCCUGCUGGUGAGGGACCUGGGGAGGCAGUAUGAAGAAGCGAAACAGCGACACGGCUCUGGUGAAUCCUGUCACGGCUCCUCCGUCAGUGCCCUCAAGUCCUCAACCAGCCUCUUGUCCCCGGUGCAGGGGCCAAUGACAGCGGUCAGGGAGGGGAGAAGCUUCAGUGCCGGCACUGUUUUACAAGCACCCACUAAAGUGGUGGCUAAAAAGUCCCCCAAACUGUGGCUCAGGAGAAAUGCUCACGUCACACCACUGAAUGGACCAGCACCUUUGUACGGCGAAUGGCCUUUGGUGGGUUUUGAUCCACUUGAGGACUUUUGCAAACUUCAUGAUUACUAUGGCCAGGAAGUGAAGAAAGCAAGAGAGGAAUGGCUGAGGAGCCGACAAGCAGAGGAGGAGCACAGUGAUGGAGACCUCAUCGACCUGGGGUGAAAGAAAUGGCCCUUUAGAGACUGUUUCAGAGGAAGUGAGAUGGUUCAUGCACGUUAAAAAGGAACUGAACCUGAAGUGUUGUGCAUUAUACUGUAUUUAAGAUAUUUUGAGGCCGAGACAACCGUGAAUGUGCUAAAGUUCCUCCUUGUCAUGUGAUGAGUUUAGAUAAUUUCUAUGUUAGAUUUGUUUUACAGAAAGUUGCAGUUUCCCUCAUUUUUUCCUGAGCCAAGACAGCCUUAAAGUAUGGCAUAAAACAGAGAACAGCAAGGAAUCCAGACACAAAGGGUCAGGAGUGCACAUCUGCACAUGAAGCAAUGUGCCGAUGGGCCUUUUUCACAGCAUUCUGUCCAAUGGUAAUAUUAACAAUGUCUCUAUUCUAUUUAAGUGUAAGCUAUGACAGUGUAACAGUGAGCCAGCAUGCACAAUAACAGGACCCUGAAACUGAAGCAGCUCAAUGGAAUUCUGCCAUCAUUUUAUCAUUUACACUUGUGCUUCUCCAACUGCGACAUGUUGAUGUGUCUUCCAUGAAAACGCCUAUUCCUUGUUUGUUCUCAUGCACUUCCUGCUAAUUGGAGCCUGCACUCCUGCUGCUAAUUGCAUUAAAUUACGUACUGAACAGUUUCAUCUUCCCAUGUGGUACAAUUACCUAUUUCAUCCAUGGCAUAAAAAGGCUUUAUGAAGCAGUAUUAAGCAAAGAGUAUUAUAUAUUUUUAAUUGCAUGAUGAAAUAAAAU